CAGUAGAUGAAGGUGAGGAAGAGUGGAAGACACAUGAACCAAUAUGACUGAAAUUUUCUCUGAAAUUAAAGAGAAAAUAAAAAUUAAAGAUAGAGUGAGGGGAGACCGGGAGAGUGUCAUUUGGGAAACAAAACAAAACAGAAGAACAACACAGUUUGAGAAAGAGAACAGGAAGAGGAGGAAAGUAUGGCUGCAACAUUGUUGGUUUCAUGCAAUCCAAAUGUAAACCAUGCAUGCAGAAAUGAUAAUCCACCAUUACCGAAAUCUUUCAUGGGUGUUGGACACAAAAUCCUGGAAACUAGUGCAAGUAUAAACCAAGGCCUUUAUAGGUCUCAAACCAAGAGGUCGUCUUAUCGGUUUUCUGUUUCUGCUGUCACCAAAGGUUCUGCAAAGUCAAGCAAGUCUGAUGAGAAAAUUCCCCCUUGGGCUAGACCAGAUUCUGAGGAGCCCCCUCCUUGGGCCCAGAGCGAAGGAAAGAAAGAUGAUUUAGAACAAGGAUUUGAGGUUCCAUUUUAUGUUUAUCUACUUGCCUCGGCUGUGACUGCAAUUGCUGCAAUAGGUUCUGUUUUUGAGUAUGUGAACGAUAAGCCUGUCUUUGGAGUUUUGUACUCAGACAGCAUAUUUUAUGCUCCAGUGCUUGGAUUUUUCGCAUUUACCGGCAUUCCCACUUCUGCAUUCCUGUGGUUCAAAUCUGUUCAGGCGGCUAACAAGGAAGCUGAGGAGCAAGACAAGAGGGAUGGCUAUCGAAGCCACACUCCCCUUGUCUGAUUUCUGCAUAAGUCUCUCCAUCUCUUUCCAUGGCUUCUGUUGAAACCUGUGUUGAGCACGAGCUUCCUGUAAGCACUGGCCAAGACUAUAAAACA